AUGCCGUUCAAAUGGAAACCCGACGCUCGGAAAGUCCAGACCCCUCUCGCAGCCUUCACAAUGGCGGCCCUCGUCUUCGUAUAUGCGCGAACCAGCAUCCAAGCCGCGAAGCGGAAUGCAGAGAAACACAGAGAGGCAGACGGCGGACAAAUCAAUUGGCAUAAUGAGAGCUUGAGAAGUCAUGGACGACUAGAACGGCCCGAGAAGCAGAAUACUGUAAGUCAGUUGAUAGGGGUAGCGAGGGGGAAGGAUGGGGAUGGGGAUGUGGAUGUGGGGAAAGAUGUGGUACAUGAGACGGAGGCGGAGAGGUUGAUUAAGGAGAGGGCUCGAAAGGGCAGAAAUUGA